GAGUGGGGGUGGCCGCGACUCUUGUCAUGGAGGGGACCGAGAGAGGGUCCUGGGGCCUGUGUGCCUCCACGCCAUAAUGCUGGGGGAACUAAUAUUUCUUUUAAGGAGUCUCCAUGGGAUACUUGCCUCCUCAGGUACCAUAGGAGCAGUGUUGGCUUGGCUGAUAAAUUAUAAGCCAGUCUUCUUUGGGUUCCUACUCCUUCUGCUGUUGCUUAGCAACUGGCUGGUCAAGUAUGAACAAAAGCUCACCCCCUCAGAGCCCCAGAAGGAGGAGGCAGAGAAAGCAAAGGCUUCUGAAAACAAACCCAACGCCAAUGCCAUGCACAAGAAAGAAGCGCAGAAGAUGCAAGCUUGCUUCGCCCUCCAGGACAAAGUCUUUGAACGGCUUUUGCUCAGCGAAAUGAAACUGCAAGUCUUAGAAAAUCAGAUGUUCAUCAUAUGGGGUAAAAUGAAUCGCCACUGGAGGUCAAGCAGACAUCGGAAUUUUCCCGCAAGGAAACACAGAAUGAGGAGGCAAGAACGGACUUUCUCCACCCUCUCCGACUGUACUUCCAACUCCCAGCCAUGAUGAGGCUGAGCGGGGCUGGCCUCGGCUGUUACCCUGGCUCAGUAAAACCCAGUCGGAGGCUUUCGAA